GAUGAAGAGCCAUUAUGCAUUUAAGCGGCAUAUGCAAGAACUGCAAUAUCCACUCAAACUUCAAUCUUUCAUUCAAGAUAGAUCAGCUGGACCAUUAACAAACCAUCUUUUUGCUUCUAUUCAAAAUGACGCAAAAUUCAAGCCAAGGCAGUCAAAAAUCAAUAUUUCAACAGAAAGACCUCGAAAAGUCUCAUAAUCUUCUCACGUGCACAAUCAAGGAGCCACCAUUCUCAUAUGUACACCUGCAGCUUGUCAGCCUCAGCGGCUCAUCAACUGUCACACUUGACAAUCUUUCGCUGAAAAGCUACUGUACAACUGCCCUCCGUCGAUGUCUGGGAAUGGUAGGAACCGCAAUUUCGAUGGAUAUUCUGAAAAUCGACAACGACCAUGCAUGGGUCCGUAUUCCAAGACCAGACCUUGGCUCCUUUGCAACGGCAAUCACAGCAUGGCAGGGCACAACGGAUGAUGGCGAGCAAGUGAGCCUACAACUACGACAAUGCUCAGACUGGCUAGGCGCCAUGGUUGGAGCGGACGGACAAGAUCGAGUAUGGAAUGCUUGAAGAGUGGCAUUUUGUCAUAUUUGUCAUCAUUCAACUGGAACCUCAUUUUAUCAUCUCAUCUAUCCGAAGAUGGGGGUAUAAAUGUAUGCAUGUACAUCGCCCAUCGGCCUACCCUGCAUAUGCACCGUUUCCAGACGCCCGGGACCUGAAUACAUUGUGAAAUCGCCGCCUGUUUCGCUUUCUAAAGGCUCUCCGUUUUUUCUACAUCAGGGAAGACAUGAGAGAGCUUUGCGCAUAUGCCUGGCAGUUGAUCAGUAUUGGGGGUUACGAGAUUGGGCAUCGAGAGCCACUCACCAUUGGCUUGAUGUCGGGAUGAGGCACAGCAUCAAAUUGCUCGUACUGGAGUUUGUAGUCGGGGCCAAUGUUGAUGUAGGCACCCCUGUUUUCUGUUGAGUCACAGUAUCGAGGGGCAGAGAAGACUGAGGGAAGGUCAGCAAAAGUUCAACAAAGAUACCAGAAUAACUUACCGGUAAUACAGCGGCCAUCAUGCUGCACCUCAUAACCGUCCAUGCGAACCUCGUGACUUCGAAUAACAGCUUCAAGACCGUUCUUCUCACAGAACUUCUUGGUGAUGUCGGGACCGAACUGCAUACCGACACCACGCUUGCUG